GACGCUGUUGUUGAGGAAAGCAAAAUUCCAUCGGUACAGCUCGACAUGGACUCAAUAACGGAUACUCUUGCUGCAAGUAUGGCCUGCAGUCUACUAGGGCAUGUCCUUUUCCUGAAAAAUCAGGUCCCUUUACCUGUUCCACAGCUGGCUCGGAUAUCGAUCACGGGAAAGGUUAACGUCCGUACUACGAAAUUGCGGACAGAGUUACUGGAUUCUUUCGACACGUUGCUGUCGCAUCUAGGGACGACGUUCACCGCUUUAUCUACUGCUUUUGCUCGAUGUUUUCCUCAAGAACAACGGCCUGGAACCGUACAUACAAGUAGAGCGUACAUGGCGAUCUUGAUGGGACCUAGCAUCGGAUCCGCAAAGUCAAAGGUCAUGUUGGCAGUGGAUGGUUUGGAGGCCAAGGUAUGGGGACAGAGAGAUGAUCUACGUCUGGAGGACGAAGGUGGAAACAGUGAGAGCGAUGACGAUGAAUGCGAUAACGAUGACGAUCAAGAAAGCCAGAGCAGUGACGGUGACGCAGAGGGACCCUCCGACUCGGACGAGAGUGAUGCGGACGACGACGAGAACGACCGGGCAUCUUCGCCACCACCACCAUCCGCCUUCGCCGAGGAGCAACGUAUCCUUCGGACUGCUGACAGACUACUCUCGCGAGCGCUCGUAUCGGCGGACUGCGAUGGAAACGGAUUGGCAUCUGAGAUCAGUCCUACGCAGACACAUAUAUUGAUUCGCGCCCCAAGACGAUUUGUCCAUCCCUCGUGGAUACCUCGACAGAAUGUUACGGCCUCUAUGGAUAACUUUCUGGAGCAGUUUAUCGGGGUCGCAGGGCAUGGACCGAGGACCAGCAAGAAAAAGACGAAGGUCGAGGGUUUGUGGGUCGCGUGUCAAAAGCCGAGUACGGAUCUGGGAACCGACGUGAAGAAUGAGGAAGAUGAGAUGAUAUGGUGGAGCUGGGACGGUAAGCUUGUAGGGUUCGCUGGUUGGUAA